AUAUCUCUGGAUAUCAUUACUAACAUCCUAGAAAAAUCUUCCUCGUGUUCAGCAGGAGUGCAGCGUGGUAGACAAUUUUGUGUUUCUGUAUACUAUGACCUGAGCGAGCGCAAUCGUCCAACCCGCAAGUGACCAGAACCCUAGCCGUUCACCUGCUCAAAAUAUACUCUAUUUACACACAGCAGGAUGUCUGCCACAAAUCACAGCGGUCCUACCAUCCAUACAGCCUUGGUACUCUCCAUCCAGCCCAGCUCGACUUCCCCCCAUCCACCCCCGCCCACCCAUGCAUAUGCACGAAUAGCUCAGCCGCUUCCCCCAAAAGUCAUGGCUGCUUUUCCCAUAGUUCUGAUCAGCAACGCGGCAAAAAAAAAACGAAGAUCCCCCGCAUACUUCCAGAUGCAAGUGCAGGCGAUCGGCUCUGGGACAAGAACAGCCAGUCCUGCUACUGCAGCGAACAUCAUCAUCACAUUUGGAGUUGAAAGAGAGUGCGCAGCUGCCAACGUUACCCACCUCCAAUCGGCCGCUAGUCACGUGACGGAGAUGUAAAUAUAACGAGAAUGGUGAGAUUAGAAAAUCUAUGGAGAGUUUGAUAAGUCGCUACUUCAGUUGAUAUUAGAAAGAACUUGGUCCAAGGGCGUGCUUGAAGAACAUGGAGUAAAGAAAAGAACAAGGCUAUA